GAAUAAAGCAAGCAAAUAUACAAUAUAUAUCUUCUUUUUAUAUUUGCAAUAGCACUAAAACUCAUCAUUCUUCAAUAAGUAGCUGUAGAAUCAUUGACUUUACCAAACAUGACCAUUGAUCAGUUUGAGCCUGAAGAUCCUUUGUUAGAGAUUAGUCGUAAAUUAUCCAACGUUAAUAUCUAUAAAGUACCUGCCCAAGGUGGUUCUAUAGAUAAAGAUGCAUUACCCACUAUUCAAUAUUUGAUUUUCUCUCAAGAACCUGAAAAAAUCAAAGAAAGUAUUCGUAUGUUGCGUAGAUAUUUGACUCAAGAUUCAUCAGGUAAAAAUGAUGAACAUACGGUCAAUGAUAUUUUAGCAUUAGAUAUUUUACCACGUAUAAAGGAAUUAUUAGAAACUCAUUCAAAUAAUUCAAUCAAGUUUGAAUGUGCUUGGAUUAUAACAAAUAUAGCAGCUGGUACAUCAGAACAAACAAAUACCAUUAUUGCUGCUGGUUUUGUUGAUACGCUCCUUGAGUGUUUAAGAAGCAAAAAUUCAUCUCUUGAGUUGAAAGCUCAAGCUGCAUGGGCUCUUGGUAACAUUGCUGGAGAAUCGCCUAGGUAUCGUGAAGAGCUUUUAAAAAAGGGCUACACAAAAGCAAUGAUUAUGGUACUCGAUCAUAUCUAUCAUCAUUCAUUAAAAGGUAGAAAAGUCUGUCUUUAUGAAAAUUACGCCAAUGUGGAAGCAUUGUUAUGGGCAUUGACGAAUAUGUCUCGUGGAGGCUUUCAUGUAGCGAAUUACAGUCAGUUUUAUUUACCUAUGUUCCGUAUAUUCUCCCAAUAUCUCGAGGUUGAUGAGAUGAAAUUAAAGAUUGAAGUGUGUUGGGGUUUAGCGCGUAUAUUAUACAAUAUGCAUGAAGUUGACCAUUUUUAUAAUUCUAAUAUGAUAUCUGUCAAACUUUGUGAACAACUAUUAGAUCUCUUGCGUACUGGAAUACCUAAAUAUGUAGUCCCCGCCUUGCGAACUAUUGCUAAUAUCACGUCUGGCCCAAAUAGAAGCCUCCGUAAUUUGUUAAAUACACCGGUAUUACCAGUAAUUACGCCUUUAUUACAUCCUAGUAUACCUGCAGAUAUCCGAAAAGAUGGGUUCCUUGCUAUUUCAAAUUUAGCAGCUGGUGAUGAAUAUAUGAUUAAGAAAAUAGUUCAGUAUUCUGAACUAAUAAAAAAUGUCUUGACUCAUAUUACAGUACCUGGACACAUAUUUGAUGAAGAGCGUACUGUAUGGGAACCUACUAUCUGCCAUGCUUAUUAUAACCAAAAUGUUGAAUGGAAGUUAACAAGAGAUGCAUUAUGGAUUAUAUUCAAUAUUAUUUCACUUGGAAAUGAUUCUUCUAUUUUGGACUUGCUUUGUAAUCAUCCUAAUAUACCAGAUAUUUUAUUGAAAUUGUUUAAUUAUGCUUGUUUACCCCCUGAUACAUGUGAGAAAUUGAUACAAGCAACAACAAGUCUAGUUCAACGAACAAAUAAACAUUCUACAAAUGGUAAAAAUCCAUCAGUCACACUCUUUAUCAACCAUGGUAUUCUUUCCUAUCUCGAAUUAAUUCAAAAAAAUUACAAUGAAUGUGGAAUAAAAGACUCGUGCUUGAAACUUGUUACAUUACUCAAUGCUUCAGAACAAAAUGUUGCUCAGACAGCUUCUAUUUCAGAUGUGGCAGAUGUAGCCUCUGCUUUUGGUCUCCCAACAGUGGGCGAAAUAAAAUCCAAAAGUAGUAAAAGAAGAGUCCUUCGUGGCCUUGAGGAUGGAGAUGUUAGAUUUAUUGAAAAUGCAGUAGGAAAUCUUUAUCUCUGAUCUCAUAUAUACAAAUAUAUAUGUAUAUAAAGGCUAUAAUUAAUUAUGUGGAAUUA